AUGCCAGCUAGUAACGAAAGCAAGUAUAUAAAAGAAGUAUGGGCCGAGAAUCUAGAGGAGGAAAUGGCUGUUCUUCGUGAUCUAGUGGAACAGUACCCUUACCUUGCGAUGGAUACGGAAUUCCCAGGAGUUGUGGCCAGGCCGAUCGGCAACUUUCGAACGAGCUCAGAUUACCAUUAUCAAACGCUCAGAUGCAAUGUAGACUUGUUAAAAAUUAUCCAGUUAGGAAUCACAUUCGCAGAUGAGAACGGUUGUUUACCACAAGACAUUUGUACAUGGCAAUUCAAUUUUAGAUUCAACUUGGCGGACGACAUGUAUGCUCAAGAUUCCAUUGAUUUAUUGACAAAGUCUGGUAUCGAUUUCAAAAGGCAUGAAGAUUAUGGCAUAGACGUAGAACAGUUUGGUGAAUUGUUGAUCAGUUCAGGAUUCGUAUUACUGGAUGAUGUCAAAUGGAUAUCUUUUCAUAGCGGCUACGAUUUUGGAUACUUGUUAAAAGUACUCACGUGUUCUCCUCUACCUGCCGAAGAAUCGAAAUUUUUUGAUCAGUUAAGAACAUAUUUUCCAUGUAUAUAUGAUAUAAAGUACCUCAUGAAGAGUAUCAAGAAUUUGAAAGGCGGAUUGCAAGAUAUUGCCGAUGAUUUACAGGUUUCUCGAAUUGGCCCUCAACAUCAAGCUGGUAGUGACAGUCUUUUGACAGCGACUACAUUUUUUAAGAUGCGUCAAACGUUUUUUGAUGAUAAGAUUGAUGACCAAAAAUACCUGGGUUAUCUUUACGGUCUUGGAAGUGGUAUAUCCACACCAAACGUAGCAAAUUUGACGAUUGGAACUCCGACAAUUACCAAUAGCGCUACAAUUGUCAACAGUACUUCAUCAUCAGACAAUAAUAGUGCGUCACCCGUAUCAACUCCUAUCCCUUUAUCAUUGACCUCCACAACAUCAACUCCGAACUCUAAUUCUGCGAUUACAAAUGGCAAAAUAAACUCAUUAUCUCGUGAGGUUAUUACAGUCAAUAAUAAUAGUAGUUCAACUAACACAAACACUAAUGGUACUACAACACCAAUAAACAGCAAUUAA